GUGAGUCUACUGCGCAUGCGUAUAUUUUUAACAUAACCUCACUAAUCAAACUUUACAUUUUAAGGUUAUAAAUGUUGGCUAACAAAUAUUUUAGAAGUUACUCCCUUUUAAAACAAUGUUUAUGCGGAAUGGUACACAAAAAUGUAUUAAAAAAUAAAUUCUCCACUAAAAAAGAUAAGGAAGACACAAACAUUGAUGAUUUACUCGGCGAAAUUGGUUCCAAAUAUAAAGUUUUUAAAGAUACCGAUUCUAAAGAAAUAAAAGAUGUUUAUGAGAAUAAAUUUAAAUAUACCGACUUAUUAGAACUUGAAAAAGAAAGCGUUGAUCCCUUAUUUGGUUUAAAUUUACAACGUGGUCUAAAUGGUGUUUUUGAAAUUGAAGACUUAGUAGAUGUUUUAAAACGCGAAAAUGCUGAAGAUAUAUUUGUGGCUUCCGUUCCGGAACAUCUACAAUAUGUAAAUUAUAUGGUUAUUGUCACUGGAAAAUCGUUUCGGCAUAUGAAAGCAAUCGCUCAAUUUGUGAGAAGAGUUUUUAAAAAUAAAAGAGGCCAAGGUGAUGUUGUACCUAGAUUAGAAGGAGAAAAUUCUAAAGAGUGGAUGGCUUUAGAUUUAGGUAAUAUAGCUUUGCAUAUUUUCUCACCUGAAGGAAGAACGAAAUAUGAUUUAGAUACUUUAUGGGCUGUUGGGCCUCAAUUCGAUAAAGAAACAAAUAGGGAAGAUCCGUUAGCUAAAAUUUUAGAGAAACACUCGUUUUAUCUCAAUGAUUUAGUACCAGCUCGCUAAAUAAGAAAAUUUGUUAUUAAAAAAUUGUAAAUGCGUUAUCAAUAAAGUAUUAAUUUUCUAUUGUUA